UGCUGCUUCAAUUUCCACCAUUGUUGGAAUCUCCAGUGGGGUUUUAAAAUUUCCGAGGCCUUCUCAAUACAAGCACCAACCCACCACAGCUUCCCUCGCCCUUGUCUUUCAUACAAGCUCAAGAGCUUUGAGCUUUGACCUAUGGCUGACAUACAAGGCUCCCCAGGAAGCUCCAUGCAUGGGGUUACUGGCAGAGAGCAAACCUUUGCCUUCUCAGUGGCUUCUCCAGCUAUCCCAACUGAUACUACUGCGAAAUUUGCCUUACCUGUUGAUUCUGAGCACAAAGCCAAGGUCUUCAAGGUCUUCUCCUUUGCCAAGCCGCACAUGAGAACUUUCCAUCUCUCUUGGGUCUCCUUCUUUACCUGCUUCGUCUCCACUUUUGCUGCUGCUCCACUGGUCCCUGUCAUCCGAGAUAACCUGAAUCUCAGAAAGAGUGACAUUGGAAAUGCUGGCAUAGCUUCAGUUUCCGGGAGUAUAUUUUCCAGGCUUGUCAUGGGCGCCGUGUGUGACCUAUUAGGCCCCAGAUACGGCUGCGCUUUUCUUAUGAUGCUAUCUGCCCCGGCUGUGUUCUGCAUGUCCUUCGUUUCAUCCGCCGAGGGGUAUAUAGCUGUCCGGUUUAUGAUCGGAUUCUCUCUUGCCACAUUUGUGUCUUGCCAGUACUGGAUGAGCACCAUGUUUAACAGCCAGAUCAUUGGGCUGGUUAAUGGCACUGCUGCUGGGUGGGGUAACAUGGGUGGUGGUGCUACUCAGCUCCUGAUGCCGGUGAUUUUUGAGAUUAUCUGUCGAGUUGGGGUGACCCCAUUUAUGGCAUGGCGGGUUGCCUUCUUCAUCCCUGGAUGCCUGCAUGUGAUUAUGGGGAUAUUGGUGUUGAGCUUGGGCCAAGAUUUGCCUGAUGGAAACCUUGGUACCCUGCAGAAGAAAGGUGAUGUUUCCAAAGAUAAAUUCUCUAAGGUUCUCUGGUAUGCCAUCACAAAUUACAGAACAUGGAUCUUCGUUCUUCUAUAUGGCUUCUCACUGGGUGUAGAAUUAACCGCCGAUAAUGUGAUCGCCGAGUACUUCUACGACAGGUUUGAUCUCAAGCUUCACACAGCCGGAACCAUAGCGGCCACGUUUGGGAUGGCGAACAUAGUGGCUCGACCCAUGGGCGGGCUCAUGUCAGAUCUAGCUGCCCGUCGUUUCGGCAUGAGGGGCCGCCUAUGGAACCUAUGGAUCCUCCAAACUCUCGGAGGAGUCUUCUGUAUAUGCCUGGGCCGAGCUAACUCACUCCCCAUCUCCAUCUCCUCCAUGAUCCUCUUCUCCAUUGGCGCUCAAGCCGCAUGUGGCGCCACCUUUGGAAUCAUUCCAUUCAUCUCUCGCCGCUCACUCGGCAUUAUAUCCGGCCUGACCGGUGCAGGUGGGAACUUCGGAUCCGGGUUGACCCAGUGGCUGUUUUUCACAAGCUCAAAAUACUCCACUGCAACUGGAAUCUCAUUGAUGGGGAUCAUGAUCGUGGCGUGCACACUCCCGGUGGCGCUUGUCCAUUUUCCGCAGUGGGGAAGCAUGUUGCUACCGCCCUCCAAAGAUGCAGUGAGGAGCUGUGAAGAGUACUAUUAUGGAUCCGAGUGGAACGAAGCCGAGAAGCAGAAGGGGUUGCACCAAGGAAGCCUCAAGUUUGCCGAGAACAGCAAGUCGGAGAGGGGCCGCCGUGUUGUCUCUGCACCAACCCCACCCACAGCUACACCGCCGGCGAGCGUGUAGCGUAGAAUUUGGGCAUUUGAAUUCCGGGCUUGUCGUAUUUAUUAGCCACUUCUGGGCCUUUCAAAUGGCCGAUGGACCCAAGACUUUGGUCCAACAUUAGCCAUCUGUAUUGCACCAAUUAAAUCUAGGUAUG